UGAAAGAUUUCUUUAGCGGCUUGGAAACGGUCACUUUAACGAAAAGAAAACAAAAUUAUCUUUAGUUUAAGCUAAGUCAUUGAAUUAUAGUAAUAAAAUGGGGGAUUACGACUCAGAUGAUGAAAAAUCCCAGGUGGAGAAGCUGCGGUACGCGAAAGUGCCGCGCGGAAUGUUUGUAAGUGGCUGGGAUGACGAUGCCGACGAACUAAUCGAGGAGGACAAGAAUCCACAAUCCAGCAUUGAACGCAUGAUCCUCUGGGCGGUGAAUGAAAAUCGCCUCAGCGAAGUGCGCGAGAUCCUUCGGCUGGAUGCGGAUGCUGUGAACUCAAAAGACAACGAUGGAUAUACGCCGCUGCACCGUGCUGCCUACAACAAUUUUGUAGACAUGGCUAAGUUACUGCUCCAACAUCGGGCCGAUCCCAAUGCUCGCACAGAACUAGGAUGGACACCCCUGCACUCCGCAUGCAAGUGGAACAACGCGGAUUGUGUACAUUUGCUGCUGCAAUUUGGCGCUGAUGUGAACGCGGAAUCGGAAGGCAAACAGACGCCUCUCCACAUAACCGCCACAGUAUCCAACUGCCGCAAUACGGCCACAGUUCUGCUGUUGAAUCGGAAUAUAAAGCCUCGCAAGGAAAAUAACUCUGAGGAACUGGCCUCUGUGAUCGCCCGGCGCACUGGCAUGAGUUUCCCCAUUUUUGAGAGUGGAGAAGAAGCCUACGAUUGUGAGACGGGUCUAAUAGAUUAACUAAUGAACAGCCAAACAAUGUGCAUAAUUGUAGAAUAACUAAUAUAUGUUUAUUUCAUAAAUAAUCUUUCGUAACGGGCUGGUUCCGGUAUUCACUUUAUGGAAUUGGGAGAUAUCUAAGAUAUGUCAGCAUUUUAACCUGUGAGGAAAUAUAGAAGGAUAAUCUCAAUAAAUAAUACGUAGAUUCAAGAAUAUUGCACUUGA